AUGAGAAAUUCUCGAUCUUUUUUCUUCUAAAUAACAAUUUCCGCUGCCAUUGAUUAUAUAUAAGCUCAUUAUGUGCGAACAUAAUCAAAAUCACCGCACAGACUCCAAUUUGGGGGCCGUUUUUAUAGCAAGAUCCAUAUUUAUUGUGUCUUAGUGAGAGAGAUCAGUGUAGGGAAGAAGAAGAAGAAGGGGGAUAGGAGUAAUUAAGAGUUACCUGGAAGCAAGAAGGCAACUUUAAUGGCUCUGUCGAAAGAUGGGCAACGACAACCUCUGGUGCCAAGCUUUGUGUAUUCUGCUAAUUGGGGGAUUUCCCAAACAGUGGUUAGGACAACGCCGGCAUGGAGUUACGGCAGGAGCUUCCCAAUUGAAGCUCCGAAAGAGAAGAUAAAGAUGUAUUCGCCGCCCUUCUACGCCGCUUGUACAGUAGGCGGCAUUUUGAGUUGUGGACUCACCCACAUGACUGUCACCCCCCUCGACCUCGUCAAGUGCAAUAUGCAGAUCGACCCUGCAAAGUACAAGAACAUCUCGUCUGGUUUUGGAAUUCUGCUAAAGGAGCAGGGAGUGAGAGGGUUCUUCCGGGGUUGGGUGCCAACGUUGCUUGGUUACAGUGCUCAGGGGGCGUGCAAGUUUGGAUUUUACGAGUUCUUCAAGAAGUACUAUUCUGAUAUAGUUGGAGCAGAGAAUGCAGCCAAGUACAAAACUUUCAUAUACCUUGCUGGCUCAGCAUCUGCAGAAGUAAUUGCCGAUGUCGCUCUCUGCCCCAUGGAGGCCGUCAAAGUUCGCGUCCAAACGCAACCUGGUUUUGCUCGGGGGUUGUCAGAUGGGCUCCCAAAGUUUGUCAAGUCUGAGGGUGUUCUUGGGCUCUAUAAAGGUCUGGUUCCUCUUUGGGGACGUCAGAUUCCGUAUACCAUGAUGAAAUUUGCUUCUUUCGAAACAAUUGUAGAGAUGCUGUACAAGUAUGCCAUCCCAAGGCCAAAAGAACAGUGUAGCAAAUCUCUGCAGCUUGGAGUGAGCUUUGCCGGUGGAUAUGUGGCCGGCGUCCUCUGUGCCGUUGUCUCACACCCGGCUGAUAAUCUCGUCUCUUUUCUCAACAACGCAAAGGGCGCAACCGCCGGGGAUGCUGUGAGGCAGCUGGGUUUAUGGGGUCUGUUCACUCGAGGCCUUCCGCUUCGGAUUGUUAUGAUUGGAACUCUUACCGGAUCUCAAUGGGGAAUAUAUGACGCAUUCAAAGUUUUCGUUGGACUGCCAACAACGGGUGGAGCUGCUCCUUCUCCUGCCGCUAACAAGUGAAGGCGUGGGACGGUUUGCGUCACCUAAUUGCCAAAAAAUGCGGAUGCCUGUAAC